AUGGUCCACUUUUCCAUCCAACUACCUCGACGAGUAACGCAGCAAGAAGGAUGCACAUCCCGCACACUUUCAAUGUUCGUCGACAGCUCGAAAAGAGUCUAUGUUUGCGUUGGUUACAUUACAACGGAUACACAAGCUGGAGAGCGCUAUACAAGACUAUACUGCGCAAAGUCAAAAGUGGCUCCCAUCGGAACAACUCAAACAAUACCAAAGCUCGAACUGCUAGCCAUAUUUAUCGGAAUGAAUUUGCUGGAAUACAUUGUAACCAAGAGCGGACUGAAGUUCGAUAAAAUCAACCUGUUCAGCGACUCUACCAUAGCCCUCGCCUGGAUCCACUCCAAAAAGCGACUUCCUUCUCUUGUUACCAACUUGACACAGAAGAUACAGCUGACUAGAGAACGUCUUGAACAAUACCGGCAUGUCCAAAUUUACCAUGUUCCCACAGAAGAAAAUGUUGCUGAUCAUGCAACCCGCGGUCUUUCACAAGCAGAAGCCAGCGAUCACGUAUGGUUCAAAGGACCUCGAUGGCUUAAUGAGCGGGAGCAACAUUGGCCUGUUCGUCAGGUAGAACAGCUAAGUCAAGCAGAAGAAGAAGACUCUCUCGCAAUAAUUGCCACUAUGGUAACACCUUUCACCACCCUGACAAGGCAACCAAGAAUCUGGCCUACUGAAGCAGUCAGUAGCUAUGACAAGCUCAAAAGGAUUGUUGCCUAUUCCUUACGAUUUGUACGCAAAAUCAGCAAAGGCAAACUUUAUCAACUUGACGAGCACUGCGAAACGUUCGGCGGCAUUCCGAAUGCCCAAGAGAUGAUAAUCGCAGAACGCCACCUACUUCGAGAAGAGCAACAGCAGUCUGAUCUGCAAUCGUUCAUAAACAGCUGCAAAAACAAGACCAUCAAGGAAGACCUACAUGGAAUUACUAGAAAAUUUGUAAAUUCACGACCAUUAACGACAAUCGGAGAAGCUGCUGACAACAAUGAAGUACUUCGCCCAAUCGACUUCGUGUACAAAAACAUUCGACAUGGCAUCGAAGUUAUACGACAAGACGAGCAACAUCAGGAAGACCCUCCAUACCAACCUACUCCGGAAAUUUCCACGCAAUUGGACGCAAAGAAGGCCAUUUCUGAUGCAGAGACACUUACCAACAAGUUCUGGGACAAAUGGAAAACAGAGUAUCUCUUGGAACUGCGCGAACGCCACGUACUUUAUGGAAGCAAUUACAAGUCAUCGAAAAAUAAUCCGUGCGUUGGCGACAUUGUGCUUAUCGAUGAUGAUCUGAAGACAUCCAGAGACCACUGGCCAAUGGGUGUGAUCGAGGACUUAGUCAAAAGCAAGGAUGGAGAAGUACGAAGCGCCGUACUUAAAACCGGAACUGGGAGAUGCGUACAGCGUCCCAUCAAUCGCCUCAUUCCACUGGAAAUUCGUGCCACAAUGGAUUCGAACGCAAUGACAAGCACUUCACACGACAAUGAGGAACCUCAGAGUAGCAUACAAGCUCUACCACAACGCAAACCUCUUGAAAGAAAGGCUAAAAAACCCAUCAAUUAUAACGAAAACGUGGUAUUACCGAAACGUCGUCCAUGGAAUGCGCUCAGCAUUUUACUAGCCUUGACAGCAUGCAGCAUUAUACAUUCUGCACAAGGACAAGUGCUGAACUGCACGAACACUGGAUUCAUACUCAACUUAUCGUCGAUUCCGGACGUAAACAGCAGGAGUGAAGUAUGUGUCAAUCGCAUUCAUUGUCAGAGCAUACACACGGAUCAGCAACCCAUACAAAGAUAUCUACCGCCACAUCAGCUAACUAACCCAUAUUCCGUGAAAUGGCGUGCUAUCAUGAAUACCACACUAUACGAAGAGGAAGUGAUGUGCCCAGAGCAAUCAGUGUGCAAUUCCAUACAUUGCACAUUCUGUCCCCUUCUACUCGGCAACCCACGCUGUUUUCCGAAAACAACCAUCGCAGUAAUAGCUACGGUCAUUUACAUCAUUACACUACUCACCACCAUCUCAACAUAUCUGGUGGCACGUGCAGCAGUCAUGCUCAAACAAAGAUGCCGUUCGCUCAAAGACUCGAAGCAUACAACGAUGGAUUCCACGACAACAGAACAAGCCGAAAAUGUGGAAAUGCAUCCGAAUACCGAUACGCAAGCACGUCCAAGGAAAACUUCCGGCGGUCAUACGACAAGAUCCAAGCUCAUCUUCUCGCUUUCAAUACUGGCUGUAACAAGUUGCUGUCAGCACACCCAUGUUCUCAACACCAAGGAUCUGAUUUGCACCGACUUUCUUGGAGAUUCAAGAUGUAGGAAUGUCGAGGAGCAUACCUUCGCAAUGAGCAGCUUCAAACGCGAAGUUUGCAUGAAGAUCAUGUACAAAGGAGAACUGAUCGCGACAUUACAUAUACAACUCGACAGCAUAAGAUUUGAGUGCAUACCUGUCACUCACUUCUUCACCAGGAACGCUGAGCUUAUAACAGUCUCUUCCAAACGAUGCGCUCAAGCCGGCAGUUGCACGCAACAAAGAUGUCGCACAAUCGCACAAAACUCGUUCGUUCCGGAAUUAAACGGCUCAUACCACCUUCCUGGAGUGACACGAUGCCAAGAAUCGUGUGGAGGAAUUGGUUGUGGGUGCCUCUUACCAAUGCCAGGCUGUCUUUUUUCCCGUACCUAUUCAAAACCGAAGGACGACCUCAUCUACAAAGUCUUUUCCUGUCCUGUGUGGAAUGAAAAAGCACGAAUACGAGCUCGAGUAACCUUCGUUACGGGCAAGGAAGUGGUGACAAACAUGGACAUAUUACCGCAAGAAACAGUGAGCAUGGACAAGAUGAACUUUACCCUUGACUUCAUUACGACUCCCACAAUUUCCAUUCUGGAUCGGAAGUUCGUCCAGGUGUACAACCGUACCAACCCGCAGACCAUGAUAUCCCCGUCCGACGACACGUUCGCAGUCAAGUGCAGCACAUCAGAGGUCGCAAAAAAUUUGACAAAGUGCCGUGUCAUGGAUACGUGCAAAUGCACCUCAAGAUCCACACUCGCUGUUUGCUACUGCGCCAAUGUCAACAUCACAGAAAGGAUGGAUUCCUUGGAUACUAUGCUACCCCUGCACAGCUCAGAAUUUUCUCUGGAAGCCGACGAAAAUUCAGUAACAGUUGUAAGCCACACCUCCAUCGCAGAAGUUUCCUUAUCAACUGAAGCCAGAUGGAAAACUGCUACGGUUAUCAUACCCACCAAAUGCGAGAUCCACGCCUCCGAAGCGAAAGGCUGCUACAACUGCCUCCAAGGAGCAAGACUGGUCUUCACAUGCACUUCCAAAAUCAGGACAAUUGCGGAAGUUGCCUGCACUGAUCAUCACUACACGAUAGAUUGCGGACCGAAAGCAACUAAUACGACCGUACUAAUCAGUUCCAAUACCGCCAACUAUGCUGCACAAUGUAGCACCCAGUGCGGAUCACAAAAACAUGAUUUGCACAUCAUCGAAUCGCUUUAUUACCACUCCAUAUGGAAAGACGAUUUGGAACACGCUAGCAUCGAAACGGCCAAUUACGUGGACUUAAUCAACAUUCCUGACCUCAGCAACAUAGCUCAGGUUAUGUCUCACUGGUGGACCACUUCGCUUACAGCAGCAGCUGUAGUAGCAUUGUCAAUAGCUGCCACACUGAUCUGUGGACCUGCUCUGUUUCGCAAAUGUAUGUUCUUCUAA